AAUUACCGCUGAUGUGCACUGAUGUGCGUUAAUGCAGGGCACUCUUCGAGCUGUAACAGUGAAUUUUUAUUAAAUCAUUGUUUAUGCGUAUAUUAUUUCGUGAUGCUCUUAACAGAAUACAAUUUUCGUUAAUGAAUGUGUAAUUUUUACAACGUGAAAUAUCAAUGUACGCUGUUUACCGAUCCAUAGUUCUAAUUAGGAAGUGAGUUAGUGAGGUUAAUUUAUCACCAAAGAAAAAAGGUGAAGAAUAAUAUGUCUUCCUGCGUGAAAAAGUGUACGUAUUUUUUGCGAACUGGUUUUUCUCGAAAAUUUAUGGAAACUAGAAAUUCCAAGAUAACCUCAAAUUUUGUCCUGGGUCGAGUUGUGGAUAAAAAAACACUUCUAUCGCCUUUUGUUGUACCUGCAAAUGUGCACACGGUACAUACUGCGCCUCAGGCUAGUUGGGUCACAAACAAAGAUGAAAGCCGAGAAUUAAUGGCAUUAUGGCCUGAUGUCGUCCGAGAUCUUACAGAAGCUGGUCGUCACCUUGACAUCCCUGAUGUCAACAGAUGGCUCGCAAAGGUGCUGCAGUACAACGUCCCGAGUGGAAAGAAAAAUCGCGCUUUAACUCUAGUAUAUGCGUACAGACAAUUUGCCCCGCAGGACCAAUUAACCGAAGAAAAUAUUCGCUUAGCUCGUAUUUUAGGAUGGUGCAACGAAAUGUAUCAAGCCUUUUUCUUGAUAUCAGACGACCUAAUGGAUCACUCGACAACACGUCGAGGACAACCAUGUUGGUACCGACACAAUGAUAUUGGACUCGCAGCGUUUAAUGAUGGAAUUUUACUAGAGCAAGCGAUAUACCAAAUUGUUCGAACACAUUUCAGAACUAAUCCCUGCUAUCUAGAUCUUAUAGAAACAUUCCACGAGAAUGUAUAUAAAACUGCAAUGGGACAAUCCCUAGAUUUGCUCUCAACCAAUUUCGGAAAGAAGCCUAAUUUGAGUCUCUUCACGAUGGACCGAUACAACGCUAUAGUCAAAUAUAAAACUGCAUAUUAUUCUUUCGUACUGCCAGUAACCUUAGCCAUGUAUUUGGCUGGAGUCAGAGAUCCUGAAAUGCACAGACAAGCCAAAACUAUUCUUCUCGAGAUGGGAAACUUCUUCCAAGUCCAAGACGACUACCUUGAUUGUUAUGGAGACCCUCAAGUUACAGGAAAAGUUGGAUCCGACAUUCAAGAAGGAAAAUGUUCCUGGCUCGUAAUCGUCGCUUUGCAAAGAGCAUCACCCGGCCAAAGAAAACUCCUAGAGGAUUGCUACGGAUAUGACGACCCAGAGAAAGUUGCACGGGUGAAACAGUUAUACAACGACUUAGGAUUGCCAACUACCUAUUCUGUUUAUGAGGAAGAAAAUUAUAAUUUAAUGAAUACACAUAUCCAGCAAAUAUCUCGCGGUCUUCCUCACGAUCUUUUCUUCAAAUUACUCGAGAAAAUUUACCGCAGAGACAUAUAAAAUUUCGCCACGGUGUCGAAAUUGGACAAAGGAAAAUAAAAUAUCUAUUCCUUUACAAACUUUACCAUGUUAUCCAUUCCUAUUCAAUUUUGCAGUGGCAAGAUACUGAUUUUCUUUCCUCUUUUUACGUUUCCUUUUCCCAUUUUACAAUUUAAUACUUUACUAGUCGUUAUAUUAUUCUCCCUUAUUUUCUAUGAAGUUGAUUUUCUAUGAUUGUAUGAUGAAGACAGAACGAAUUUUGUUAUUAUGCAAAAGAAAUUGCUAAUAGGGGAUAUUUUAACUAAUAGGGAUAUUUUCGUACAUUCUACGUGCGCUGUGAGCAAAUAAUUUCAUUGAAGAAGUCUAUAUUUUGUAUUUCUUUUUUUAAAUGAGAGAAUCGACUACAAUUCUAGUGUUUAUACCUCAAUAAACGUAUAGAUCACU